AUGAUUGUAGUUGUUUAUCCUAAUACCACUCUGCAAGGCAAAAAAAUGGCCUAUCAGAAGGUAAAUGCAGAUCAAAGAGCAAUGAGGCAUUCACAGUACUUAGAUAAUGAUGACCUUCAAGCCACUGCCCUUGACUUAGAAUGGGAUAUGGAAAAAGAAUUGGAGGAACCUGGUUUUGACCAGUUCCAGCUACAUAGUACUGAGAAUCAGAACCUGGAACAUUCAGAGACUGUGGACCUCAAUCUAGACCCUAUUCAACCAGCAACUUCACCCAAAGGAAGGUUCCAGCGACUUCAAGAAGAACCUGACUAUGUUGUUACCCGUUACAUGAGACCCGUACCAAAGAGCAACUCUUUCAACUUUUGCCGCCUUUUGAAAAUAUUUUGCACCACCAUUAGUUUAUUUAUUUUUGGAAUUCUAAUAGGCUAUUUUACACAUAAAAGUUGUCCUCAAAAUGCUGCAUCUUCAGAAACAGUCGAUUUUCAAUCAUAUCAAGAUAUUCUCAAAAUGAUUGAAGCAGAAGAUAUUAAGAAGAUUUUCAGAAAUUUGAUACAACUGUAUAAAAGUGAUGAUGACACAGAAAUCUCAAAGAAGAUUAAGAGUCAGUGGACUUCCUUGGGCCUCGAAGAUUUACAGUUUGUAAAUUACUCUGUGCUGCUUAAUCUGCCAGGCCCCGCUCCCAGCUCUGUGACUCUGAGCAGUGGAGGUCAGUGCUUUCAUCCGACUGGCCAGCCUUGUGACGAAGAAGCCAGAAAACACAGCAGCCAAGAACUGCUCUACUCAUAUGCAGCCUAUUCUGCCAAAGGAACUCUCGAGGCUGAAGUCAUUGAUGUAAACUAUGGUAAUGCAGAAGAUUUAAGAAGAAUUCAGAAAAAAAAUACAACUAACAAGAUUGCACUCCUGAAAUUAGGAAAGUUGCCACUAAUUUAUAAGCUUUCCCUAUUGGAAAAGGCUGGAUUUGGAGGCGUUCUUCUAUAUAUAGAUCCUUGUGACUUACCAAGGAUUGAAAAUCCUAGCUAUGAUACCUUUAUGGUGUCCCUGAAUCCCGGAGGAGACCCUUCUACGCCCGGUUAUCCAAGUAUUGAUGGAAGCUUCAGGAAAAACCAACCAAACCUCACGUCUCUCUUAGUGCAGCCUGUCUCAGCAUCUCUUGUUCAGAAACUGAUCUCUUCAUCAAAAGAUAAAACCAAAAGUGGGGUCUGCAGCCCUCUAGAACUUCCAAGUAAUGAAAAAAUAAUUAUCAACAUUCAAAUUCAAACAAUUUCAACAUUCAAAACUGUUACUAAUGUUGUUGGAUAUUUAAAGGGUCUGACAUAUCCAGAUCGGUAUAUCAUUGUUGGUAGCCACCAUCAUACUGCAUAUGGUUACAAUAGACAAGAAUGGGCCAGUAGCACUGCCAUCAUCACAGCUUUCAUCAAAGCCUUAAUGCUGAAGGUGAAAAAAGGAUGGAGACCAGACCGCACUAUUGUUUUCUGUUCAUGGGGAGGAACAGAUUUUGGUAAUAUUGGCUCAUUUGAAUGGGGAGAGAAUUUCAAGAUGGUUUUGCAAAAAAAUGCUGUGGCUUAUGUGAGUCUCCAUAGUCCCAUAAGAGGCAACUCAAGUUUCUAUUCUGUAUCUUCACCUUCUUUUCAGCAACUGGUAGCAGAGAAAAAUCAUUUCAACUGUUCAAGAGGAUCCCAGUGCCUCAAAACCAAUGUCAGUAUAGUGCAGAUACCAGGUGAUGCCAAUUAUUUUAUCAACCAUCUUGGAGUUCCCACAGUGCAGUUUGCUUAUGAGGACAUAAGAGCAUUAGAGGGUCCAAGUUUUCUCUCUGAAGCCCUUUUCCCAAAAUGUGCAACAAAAAUUGAAGAAAUAGAUCCAUCUUUUAAACUUCAUGAAACCAUUACCAAGGUCUCUGGAGAAGUGAUCUUGCAAAUUGCCAAUAAACCAGUUCUACCUGUGAAUGCUCUUGAUAUAGCUUUAGAAGUUCAAAACAGCCUUAAAGGUGAUCUACCUAACACUCAUCAACUGUUAGCCCUGGCAUCACGCCUGUGGGAGAAUGCAGAGCUCUUUCAGUCAGAUGAGAUGCGUCCUGCUAAUGAUCCCAGUGAGAGAGUUCCUAUCCGUGUCCGAAUGCUAAAUGACAUUCUCAAAGACAUGGAGAAAAAUUUCCUGGUGCAGAAAGUUCCAGCAGGAUUUUACAGAAACAUCCUGUACCACCUUGAUGAGAAGACCAGACAGUUUUCUAUACUCCAGGAGGCCUGGGAAUCCCUUGCAUCAAAUGAAACCUUUCAAGAAGCUCUAUCAGAGGUGUUGAACAGCAUUAAUUCAGCUCAGGUCUACCUCAAAGAAGGACUGGAUGUGUUUGAGAGCAUAGUGGUUGGAAAAAACUGAGAAAACCCUCAACACUUAAAAUUGUCUGUUUACAGUUUCUGAAGCAAAAGCUCUCAUCUGACCAGAUUUUCUACAAUUGAAGGCUUUCUCCAUCAACAGCUUUUUAUACAUGUUUAAAGCUAUAAUUUUGUUGAAUUUUUAAUGUAUAUAUAAAGAGCAUUUUGCACAUUUAAUAUUUUUCUUUUAUCUGAAUAUGUUAAUGCUUACUGUUGAAAUUAUACUUAAAGGUUAUCUAUUAAAAUCUGCUGUAUUUAUAUAUUAUAUUUGGGGGAUUUCCAAGAAAUUCUGGACAAUCUUAGCUCCUAUGGACAAAAAUAUAGGAAGUGAAAUUUUCCCCUAUGUUAGAGCUAUUGAUGACCUUGUUUAUCUAAUGGAAAUGGAGAGUUAAUAUUUUUUCUGAUUAACUUCACUAUUAAGUAUUCAUUAUGAGGAUUUUUAAGUAUUUUGACUGGAUGAUUGGUUGACCAAAACCACUUUGAAUGUUUCUACAUUAUGAAAUGAAGUGCCUGUUCAUAACACAACUAGAUGUUGUAAUACACUGGUUAUGAAAUUGUAUUUUUUAUGUAUUAAUGGGGAAAAAAAGGAGCCAUAAACAUUCCAGGGGAAAAUCUCUAGGUUGCUGCACAGAGCAAUUUAAAUGCAAAUUUUUUUCCUAACAAUUUACAUGGUGACUUGUUUUGAAGCCCCUAAUUUGCCUCAGUUGAUUUUAUAAAAGUUUUAGGAGUGAUCUAUGUCUUAUGAGGGAGAAAUAUUGGUUGUUUUUCCAGUAUUGUUUCUGUUGAAAACAUUGAAACAGAGCUACUUUAAAAUGAGAGUCUUAUGUUACUCAUCCUACUUGUGUCUUUUCUGAAGCUCCUGCAGUAAGGCAGUUUUCAGAGAAUACCAUAUAAUUUUCACAGAGAACUAAUAAAGCUUUUCUUUGAAAAGCCCAAAUAUCUUAAAAAGCAUACAAGUGCUAUUUCUGCCACUGACAUAUAGUACUUACUAUGAAAUAGUUGUUUUUAUCAAUGUAAAAUCUCUUUAGUUUUUGUGAAGAAACACUUGCUAUUUUUUCUUUCUUUAUCCCUGAUUGUGACUGAUAAAAAGUAGAAAUAAUUUGUGCUUAUAAUUUUAUGCAGAAAAUACAGUAUUAUGCUAAAAGUAUGUC